AUGCCGGGCCUGAAGCAGUGCUGGGAUCCGACCCCUCUCAAGGUCUUCAGCUCCAUAGCCGUGGUCUAUGCUUUUGGUGACUUCCUGGAGAUGCAAUCGAUGUCCGUCAUGGGUGGUGCAGCGUACCAGAUCCUGCUUCAAAGCAAGCUGCUGGUGACGGCCCUCAUCAUGUGGUUUCUGCGGGGUCAGCGACAGACCACGCUGCAGUGGAAUGUGCUAGUCACAAUUGCCCUGGGGAUGAGCGCUUUCGUCUUGGCGGACGACAGCAGCGAGGGCAGCUUCAAGCCGAUUGGUUUGCUCUUUGUCGUGGCGAAGGUCUUUUUCUCGUGCCUCUGUGCUGUCCUUGCAGAGAAGCACCUGAAGGCCUUCAGCGAUAUGCCGAUCUAUGCGCAGGUGGCCCAGCUGAAGUUCGCUUGGCUGUGGACAUCCCUGGUUCUCACCCUCCUCUUCGACAGAAACGUGCGGGAGGACGGCUUCUGGAAUGGCUGGGACAGCCGAACGGUGGUGGUGGCCUGCUCCUGGGUUUUCAAGGGGUGGUCCACCUUCGUGGUCCUGAAAAGCUUGGACUCGGUCCUGAAGAACAUCGGCGAGGCGGUGGCCAUCCUCGUCAUCUAUGUCUUUGACGUCCUUAUCGCGGACUAUGUUUCAGAUAUUCUCCCAGUCCAUGGGAAGGACUUCAACCUCACCAUCUUCCUCAUGGUGAUGGUCGUAGUGUUGACGGUGGUCAGUUACACCCUGGCACCAGCCUGGAAGAAGCCAGCACCGUAA